UCGAAAUAAAAAUAUGUAUUAUAUAAUACAUUGGUUGAAUGUGAGAUAUUAAAGGAAUACAUGUGCUGCGAAAGGAAGUAUUGAGUUUUUUUGCAAUUGACGUAAUAUUCGCUGCCCAUUCCAUUACAAUUAUUUUUAAUGUAGCCGGUAGUGUUAUCAGUUAAAAAUAGUAAAUAGAAGACAUUUAGAUGGGGUAAAACUUUUCGAGCUGUUUAUUCUUAAGUAUACAGAAAUUUGGGAAAGGAGUUUUUGUUGAUUCAUUUGUGUGCUGUAAUUUAUGUUCGUUCUUAUUUUUACCGGCUGUAUAGCACAAACAUAACCACAAAUAUCUACACUUGUUUGCUUAAUGCACAUAAAAUAUAUAAUUUAAUAUUGCAUAUAAUUUAUAUAAUGGAUCGAUCAGGUAUUGGUAAUUUAGUAGGUAAGAAUGUCAAUUCUCCAAGAAGACGUUUAUCUUUGGUACAAUCCUUAAAAAAAUUCAGUUCUGGUGCAAGUAUUUCUGGAAAAUCCAAUCAAUCGGUACAGAUAAUAUGCAGAACAGCGAGUCAUGUUGUCCAAAAUUUUGGUUCGUCGUUGCCAGUUCUGGUGACCGAAGCAUUAACAUUCGUGGAGCGUAAUACAUUUGUUAGCGUUAGUGUUUCGUUGGAUGGCUGGGCAUGGCUUGUUUGUGGAAGAAGAUUGCUUGUAUGGCAAUGCAAAAUCACAGUACACGAUCCAAAACAAAAAAGAACUUUUAAAACUCAAUGCCGUGAACUUUUAUUACCGCAGAGUGACUUAGCACAUAAAGCAGAAUGUAUCGCUGUUUGGCUGCCAUCUGGACAACAAGUUCCAAGCUGUAUGGCAGUUUCUCCAGAAGGUGUCGUUCGUUAUUGGGCUAGUAUUGCUAAUGAGGAAUUAUCGAUUGAAACUAGCGCAGAAUUAGCUGGUCAGGAAGUUGAUUGUUUGACCUAUAUACCUGGUCACGGUUGCAUCCUGGCCACGACUACGUGUACCGUAGCACUUUUACAACCUCAAUACACAGGUGGUAGGGGCAGUAUUAAUUGCAGGGUAUUAAGAACAAGCCAAGGCUGGCUCGGUGGUAUCGGUAGAAGAAUGUCAUCAUUAAUUUUUGGUGCUAUGCCACAAUCGCCUGUUUUGGAAACAAAAUUAACAAAAGUUCUUUGCACUGGAAUAAGUGAAAAAGGAUCAAGAAUUCUUAUUCUAGCUGGUAAUUCGUUACAGUAUUGGUCUUUUCCACUGGGAGAACAAGAGAAAAUGGAAUUUGAUGAAGAUAUUGGACAUAUUGUUAUACAAUCUUUUCAACGACGUUUAUGGGAGUCAAGUGCAUGUAAUCCACAAAAUAUGGUUACGUGGAUGAUAGAUAUGCAACAGAUAGAGGAAGGUGUUGUUGUUCUCAUGGCAGCUCAUUGUGCUGAAGUUUCUGCUCAAAUUCAUUUUGCAGUUGGUUUAAUACCUCUCACUGGUACACAUUUAACAAAUACUUUCAAAUGGUUUGUUCCAAUUAAGAUUGGACCCGUAUAUCAUAACGAUGAUAUAGAGACUACCAUUCACUCCUACCAUUUUAUUCUAUCGGGCUGGGAGAUAAUUGUUUAUAACGAAAACAAUAUUAUUGUUGUUAGCAACUUAUCAGAAUAUGAACAAGAUAAAAUAGACUUAACACGCGGAGGUAAAGAUAGCAUAUUAGGUGGUGCUCUUUGUUCAGGAACUCCAGUGCUUUUCACGAGAAAUCAUGGACUAAUUACUAUAUCUCCAACUGAUUUUGUGAAUCAAGACUUCAAUCAAAGUUAUUCAGACAUGAAUUUAAGCAUAGAUUAUUCGGAAAGUAAUAACCAGAUACCAGAUCACUUUAUCACUCUAAUCAGUAAUGAUGAGAUAAAAGAGAUGUUUCACAGUUCGGAUGGUGUGAGACAAUUCCAAGCAGCAUUUCUUUUAAGUGUUCGUCAAAAUAAGGAACAAUGUGAUGAAAUUUUAACAGAACUUUUUCCUUUACAAGAAGAACCAGUAAUGGAUAUCGAUGCUUUUUUGGAUUCUUUAGUCUUGAAAGUUGCAAAGUAUUUGAUCGAUGAUUAUCCUGCAAAUGAUCCAAGAUGGGCAAAUCACAGAGAUUUAACGUUUACCCUUAAUGCCGUCUUAGACAUGCAGAUUCCACAUCAACUUGAAAGAAAGCAAAAAUCUAUCGACCUAUUUAUUUCAUUUUUGAAAGAACACAACCUAUGGACUCGAUUCUGUGCAGUUACAUAUCGAGGGAUUAUCAUGUCAACUUCUCAUGUUCUUGGAGAAUUUUCAGAAAAGAUCAUUGCUAUGCUCACUAUAUAUAAUUUCCAGCAACGAUAUACAGAAAUUAUAGAUGAAGUAAUAAAAAGUACUUUACAACCUGAAUCUUUUGUUUCGGAAUAUCUAACUCAAAAUGACAUAUUCUAUAGAGAAGUAAGCGAGGCUCAUCGUUUUUUACCAAAUUUAAUACAAAUUGCAGUUGACCAGUCGCAAUCCGAAAGACCCACUCAACAAAUCGCACAAUAUAUCUUGCAAGUGAACUCAAUUUUAUUAGGAGUUCUUCACGAAGUUAUUAAAUAUCGUCAAUAUAAUGCCGAAAAAUAUAUUCCUCCAAGAUGCUCCUCUGUAACUGAGUACUUACCUUGGACCGCUGCUUCUGGAAAAUAUGGUUUAAGAACUUGCCUCACUACAAUGCAAAAGUUAACAUUGCAACAUGGUGUAAAUAAUACAAGUGAUUCAAGUAUUAAAAGUGAAUUAUACGAGCAGUUGGUGGGAUUAAUUGAUCUCAUUUUAGAUGGAAGGAAGUGCCAUUUAGAAAGUAUCAGAGGAACUGAAAAAUUCGACAUUCUUUUGAAACAAUACGAGGGAGAAAGAACAAGUUUAAUUCAGCCUUUAGUAAAGCAAGAACAAUAUGAAAAUGCAGCGAUGCUUGCUGAAAAGUAUUGCGACUUUGCAUCAUUGAUUCAAAUUUGUGAAUUAACAAAGAACAAAAAUCGACUCGAUAAUUACAUGGAACAAUUUGCUAGUCAAGAUUUUGCAGGAUUUUUAUUCUCAUGGUAUGUAAAAGAUGGACGUCAAGGUCAAUUGGUGGAAAGAUGUCGUCGUGGUGGAGCAACUGAAUUAACUGAAAAGCUUCUGCAACAUCCAGUUUUAUCUUGGGUACAAGCAGCUCUUUCCGAUGAAUAUGACAUUGCUGCUAAAACACUUUACUCGUUAGCUAUGGAAGAAACUGAACUCGUUGCUCGGAAAAAGUCAAUGCUUUCUUUGGCAAAAUUGGCUCUUUUAGCUUCUGACGAUACCGAGGAUAAAAUUGAAAAUAGUAUUAAAAAAAUUAAUAGUGAAUUAAAUCUAAUAGCACAUCAAGAAGAUGUUCCGGUUAAUGUUUUGGAGAUGUAUGGUUAUGAUGUUGAAAAAUUACGAGUUCUUAAUCCUUCAGAAUUAAUUAAUCUUUAUACGUGUACAGAGAGUCAUAUGUCUAAUGAGUAUGAUUUCAAAAAAGCACUUGAUUUGCUUGAAUAUAUUGACCAAGAGGAUGAAAAAUUAUCUUUAAAAUUAAAAAUUUGGGCACGUGCAGCAAGAAAUGAUAAGUGGGAUACUGUUAGUAUAAAUCCGGAACAACAAAUUCAAGAAACGAUUUUCUUCAAAUUAAUGGAUUUAAUUCAUUUGAUGGGAAACAAAAUAGAAGAAAUGCUACCUCCAGUUAAAUUAAUUUUGGCCGAACAAGAAUUGGGUGAUCUCGCCGCUUCCAGUAAUUUUCAGUAUCUAAUUAAAUUAAUUUAUGAAUAUGCAUACAACAAUUAUUAAUACUUAUUAAUAGUGGUAAAUAAGGAGUCAUUUUACUGUGUAGAUUUAUUUUUACAUGAUAGAUAAUAAAUUAUACUUUUUAACUUUU